UCGUUUUGGAAGUAAAUGAUCGAAUCGGAUCGGGCAGUUAAAAUGACAUUUUCUCCUUCCCCACUGUGGCGAGCGUUAAUGGGUGCGGGCAGGGCAAGAUUAACACAGGUACCCCAGGGCCUAGAUUGGAAAGCAUUUGAACGGUGGUUUUCACUGCUAGUGCAAGCAUUCGCGAUGUUGUGCCAGCUGCUGGUGACUCUAGCGCUUCUUGACCUGUCGCUCGGACAGAGCGACUAUCCCAACUACCCGCAGGACACUCCAAAAGACACCAAUGCGUACCCCGAUUAUGGCAAUCCUGCGCCCGCUAAUCCGGCACCCACCAACCCACAGCCCGUCAAUCCGCAGCCCCAAUAUCCCGACUACAGCUACGUGGAAACGGUGCCAACGACCACCGCAACGCCCGCCACAGAGCCGACCAAAAGACGGCAGGUGUUUCCACCGACACCUACCGGACGAUCGGGACCUACAAGACGGCAGCGUGCGAACCGAAUCGUGCGCUGGUACUUCAUGAAUGACUGGGGCUCGAUGCCGGUACGGGCGACGACCGUUGUACGUCGCCGCAGCAUGGGACGAUCGUCCCUGAGCAGGAUGCCACCGUACUAUCGCAGCAUGCUGGCGGGUUCCCGUGCCCUCAGCUCCAAUGCCCCAAGCACCACGGGGACACGACGCAUCGAAUAUUGGUACUGGUAG